CCAGGCACCGGGUCUUGGGGGUCCCCUGGGAAGCCAAGGCCCACAAGGCCCUGCCUUACUGAAACCGUGUGGAAGAAGUGAAUUCUGAGCCCACAGCAGCGCGUUUCCACCUCAGGCCAUACAUUUUGCCUUUCAGGACCUCAGUUUCCCCCUGUGUAAGAUGGGGCUGCGGGGAGGGCUGCAGGAAUGACCGCCUCUGGUCUCUCCCAGCUGCUGCUCUCCAAGGCUUUUUGCCUGGUGCGUGGCUGCUGAGAGCAUGAUCAAGUAGGGAAGGUGGGGUUCGGACUGGAGGUGAGGGGUAGGAGUGUGCACGUGUAGGGGGAUGGGGGUGCCAAGUCCAAUCUGCACUUAACUCAGACGGGAGGCGCCUCAAUUUCUUCUUCUGUAAAAUGGGUAUCCUGGACGUCCCCACCUCGCAGACUGGUGGAUCAGCUCUAAGCGCUGGGCCAAGCCGCUGGCAGGGUGGCGCCCGGGUCUGUGCUGGCUUCCGAGCCCGCGAGCCCGCCCGAGACCACGUGGGGCGUUGGCGGCGCGGGCGGAACCCAGGCUCGGCGGCUCGCGGCCCGCCCGGGCCUCUGCAGCUGGGGCGCCGGCGGAAGUGGGGGCUCCAGCCGCUGCAGACCUCGGAUCCUUUCUUGCAAGGAGCUGACAGUUGAGCUGCAGAGACAGGAAGAGGCUCACAAGAAAAAGGACAAUCCCAAUCACCCCUGUACGCCGGGAUAAUGCAGACUCCACUGACCACUACUGUGCCCGUGCUCCGGCUCCCCCGGGGCCCUGAUGGCUUGAGCCGAGGCUUUGCCCCCGACGGACGCAGAGCCCUCCUGAAACCGGUGGUUCCUGAAAUCCCGGAGUCUCAAGAAUCUCGGGAAUCCCAGGAACAGCGGGCCCGAGCCGCCCUUCGGGAGCGCUACCUCCGCAGCCUGCUGGCCAUGGUGGGGCGCCAGGUGAGCUUCACGUUGCACGAGGGUGUGCAUGUGACCGCCCACUUCGGAGCCACUGACCUGGACGUGGCCAACUUCUACGUGUUGCAGCUGCAGACUCCGAUAGGCGUGCAGGCUGAGGCGCUGCUCCGGUGUAGUGACAUUAUCUCAUACACCUUCAAACUGUAAAGAUGUGAUCGUGUUCAUCUUUCUUCCUUGGGCGUAGCCACAGCCUCCCAGGCCUCCAUAUUCUCCUGAGCUUGGACCUCUGGGCCCCAGAGAGUUCGGAACACCCUUGAAAUUUUGAGCCAAGCUUCAAGCAACUCUGGCUUCUUGGGACAGUAAAAUUCUGCGGCCCCAGGAGUUCUAGAUCCUCUUGAAAGGAAGGCUGUACCUCACAGAACUCUAAACUGUACAGAUACCUAGGCCUCAUGCCCAUUCCUGAAGAUUCCGGGUGGAGAAAGGGAAUAAAGGAAGGCAAAUUGUC